AUGCCAGAACACACUCCAGCUCCGACACCAGCACGGUCCUUAUAUGGAUUCUUUAUGUAUUUGUUCAGUAAAACUGUUUUAGCUAUAUAUUGUAUAUGGGCAAUAACUCCUAAUUCUGUUUUACAUUAUUUUAAUAUAUACUACUAUCCUCAGAAGUAUUGGGCUACUGCAGUACCUAUUCAGUUGUUAGUGGGAUUGACUAUUUUUGCUUUUAUAAUCUAUCCAAGUUCAAAUUUAAUGUUAACACUUGCUAUUGAUGAUGUAAACACAAUUAAGGAUACUGUGGGUAAAGCAAAUAAAAUUAAUAAUGAAAAUAAUGUCAGUGAAACAAGUGAUUUUUGUAUAUGUAGGGAUAAAAAUAAGUGUAUGAAGCUUUCUUAUGUAGCUAGUAAUAAAGAACUAAUUGAAAAUACUGUUCCUCAGUUAGAGGAUCUGGACAUGAGUUAUGUUUCCAAAAAAUUAUAUUUAUAUAAUAAAAAACAAUAA